AAUCUUAGCUGUGGAAGGGUGAUUAUAGAAGAAUAGACAAGUUUUGUUUCACACAUUUUACUAUUAACCCCUACAAUGUUAUUAUCGUUUUGUCAUUCCCAAAAAAACAUAAAUGUCUUGGUGUUUGGGUGGGGGUAUUUGAGGUUUUUUUUUAUGGCCAUUAGUAAUUAAAAAAUUAAUUGAGGAUAUAAGUGUUUUUUUUAAAUAAUAUUUAUUUUUUAUUUUUUAAAAUUUAUUUUUGAUAUUAAAAUAAUAUAAAAACACAAAAAAACACUAUUUUAAAACAAAAAAUAGAAAAUUAUAUUUAUUUCGUUCAAUUCUUUUUUUCUCGUCUCUUUUUAUGUUUAUUUUUUUUCUUAUAAAGUAAUUAUUGGUGAUUAUAUAUCUGUAGCACUUUAAAUUUUUUGGAAGAUUUUUAAAAGGGUGAGUUAAUGAAAUAAGUAUACAUAUAUAUAUAGAUAAAACCAAUUUUUUUUUAUCUGUCCCUGUUACUAUCUUGGCUUCGAAUUCCCCCAUAAAAGAAACUUCAUAUUAAAUAGAUCAUUGGCUGUCCUCAUCUUUUUAUUUUUAAGGUGAGGAUAUUCUCGUUUCUAUAUUUAUAUUUGAUGUUUUUGAACUAGCUAGAGAAAAUGCGUCAUUAUCCAUGAAGAAAAGUUAUAUCUGAUCAUACAAUAACAGUUCCACAAGGCUUGGAGCACCAACCAUUUACGGUUUCAUAAAUGUCCAAGUUAGUAAUAACAUAUUUAUAAAUAGAUCCUAAGAACAGAAACUACUUCUGCAGUCCCAUCAUUCAUCUCUUCUACGUUUUUUCUGAAUUUAGUAGAGGGUAUAUUCUUCUGAGGGCGGUUUCCAAUUCACCGGAAACCGCUCUUCAUAUCGAAUUUUGUUUCACUCUAUGUAAAUCUAACAUUGUUUCUUUCUGAAUGACAAACCGCUCUUCAUAAAAGGUUGAAUACUUUUUUAUCAGCAGGAACCUUGUCGUUCCUAUUUUAUUCAUAAUCAAAAGCUGCAAAAGAGAUGGCUGCAACUAACCAGUUUUCAUCUCUUCAACAGCCUUGUAAAUGGGUGAAGGGUAAAGUUAUUGGAUCUGGGUCACAUGGAACUGUUCAUUUAGCCAUCAAUAAGGUCACUGGUGGACUUUUUGUGGCAAAAAGUGCACUUUCUGGGGUUGAUAGUAAAUAUUUAGAGCAUGAGGCUAACAUUCUUGAGAGCUUGGAUUCGCCUUAUAUGAUUCGGUGUAUGGGGAAGGGCUGGCAAAAAGGAUCAGAUGGUGAUGCUAAACUUAAUGUUUUCAUAGAGUAUAUGGCUGGAGGGAGCCUGUCAGAUAUGGCUGAGAAAUUUGGUGGGGCACUAGAAGAGGAAGUAAUUCGUUUAUAUACCAAACAGAUACUUAAUGGUCUGAAGUAUCUUCAUGAAAAUGGGAUCGUUCAUUGUGAUCUCAAGUGCAAGAAUGUGCUACUAGGCUUGUCAGGAAACAUUAAGUUAGCAGAUUUCGGAUGUGCUAAGAGGCUGAAAGACCUGGACAGAAAUGGAAAGUUCGCCUAUUCCUGGCAAUCUGUAGGGGGGACUCCAUUGUGGAUGGCCCCUGAAGUUUUAAGAAAGGAAGGCUUAGAUUUUGCUUCAGAUAUUUGGUCCUUGGGAUGCGCAGUUAUUGAAAUGGCAACCGGGAGGCCUCCUUGGGGUUAUAAGGCGUCGAAUCCAAUGGCGGUUGUAUUGAAGAUUGCAUGUAGCAAUGAGAGGCCUAAUUUUCCAGUUCAUUUCUCUGAAGAAGGGAUGGAUUUCCUGGCUAAGUGUCUCGAGAGGAAUCCCGAAAGUAGGUGGACAGCAGAAGAAUUGCUGGAUCACCCUUUUAUUACAGGAAAUUCGCAGAAGAAAUACGUAUGCUCCCCUGCAAGUGUUCUGGACAAUAUUGGAACUUACGAGGAGGAUUAUGAUUCAGAUGAAUCAGGGAAUCCUGAUGAACACCUGCUAUGGAAUCCUUUUUCGAUGAGGAAUUGCGGAAAACCAAAAAUAAUAGCACUGAGGCAGCAUGCUGACAAUGAUUUUGUAUCCUCGGGAGAUUGGAUUACUGUUAGAUAAGGUUGAAAGAAAUGUGAUUUAAUUUCUGAUCCAUGUCUUGUAAGAUAUUCAGAACUCGGAAGAUGUACAUGUAAGAAUAAAAUACAUUGGCUGUACAUUACUUAUUUAUCUUUCUUUUACAGAUCUUGUCUAAAAUCAAAUCAUAUGAUACUACUACUCUUAGCACUCUA